UUCCCCAAUAGGAGCUAUCCUGUUCUUCCCCAACAAAAGAAUCUGCUUACCCCUUCUCUCUCCUACUCAUGAGCUCCAUGUUAUGCCAAACAACAUUCACAUGUCUUUGUUUCUUGUGAAAAAAAGAAAAGAAAAGAAUAUUUCCAACUUUUUGCUUGAAGUUGGUUCUCCACUAACCACUGCCCCUCUUUAUCCACACCCCAAAAACAAAACACUCAUCAUUUUCUUCUACUAGCAGCUAAAUGCUAAUGCCCUGAAAGCAAAGCAAAACAAAGCAAAAGCUCUAGCUUCUGCUCAUCAUCAUAAAGACACCAUUCAGACUCUUCCCUCCAUUUUUUUUUAACAAAGUUGGCCAUGAAUACCAUAACCCUCUUGCUUCUUUUUCCCUUUUUUACUCAGUUUUUGGAAGUUGAGCCUGCAAGAACCAAGCUUCCUGGGAAAACCAGGUUCCCCAUCUCACAAAUCAGUGUUAUGGGUUUUGUGUAUUGUGAUUUCUGCUCCAACAGCAGCUUUUCCAGACACAGCUACUUCUUGCCAGGUGCUGAGGUCAAAGUAGAUUGCAUGUUCAAAGCACUUUCAGAGAAAACUUCUGAGCAGAUUUCACUUUCAGUGAACAGAACUACCAAUAAGUAUGGGAUGUACAAGCUGGAAAUCCCUUCAGUGGAUGGAGUGAAAUGUGCAGAAGAUUCUGCAGUUGUGUCUUCUUGCCAAGCAAGCUUAAUAGGUAGUUCAUCCUCUGCUUGCAAUGUUCCUGGCUACAAAACCACUUCUAAUGUGAUAGCAAUCAAAGCAAGAAGAGCCAACCUCUGCAUAUACAGCUUCAAUGCUUUGACUUUCAGACCAUCCAAGAGGGACAUCACCUUGUGUGGUAAUUAAAAGAAGCAGCUUACACAAGUAGGCCUAGUACUUUGGUCACUUGUGUAUACAUACAAAUUCGAAGAAAAUAAAAUGAAAAAAAAAAACUAUAUGUUCUCUUUUUGCAGCCCUUUAAGGGCAUAGAUCUUUUCUCUCUCUCUCUUCAUUGUUUUGCUGCAUUAUUUGUUUGGUAAUACUGUUUUCAUAUCAUGCUGUGUUAGAAAAAAUAUCAUGCUAGUAGAGUUUGGGUGUGAGAGAUUUUCCUUUUUGAUUUAUGCUGCUGAUCAGGUCUUGUUAAAAUGUACUAGUAGAUGUAUAUAUUUUUUCUCUCCUGAAAUUGUAAGAUCAAGCAAGUUGUUCAAGAAAGCAACAACAUGAAUAAACUAGUUAAUGUUAUGUAUA